AUACACCAUUACGACGAUGUUUAACAGUAUUCGAUUUAACAACAUUAGGAAUUGGUAGUACAUUAGGCGCUGGUAUUUAUAUUCUUGCGGGUAUAGUUGCACGAGAUUUAGCUGGUCCUGGUGUUCUUUUAUCAUUUCUUAUUGCUGGUAUGGCUUCAUUAUUUUCCGGACUUUGUUAUGCAGAAUUAGGCUCAAAAUAUCCACGUGCAGGAUCUGCUUAUGUUUAUUCAUAUGUUAUUAUUGGAGAAUUAGCAGCUUUUAUUACGGGUUGGAAUUUAAUUCUUGAAUAUAUAGUUGGAGCUGCAUCAUCAGCACGCGCAUGGACAAGUUCAGUUGAUUCAAUAAUUGAUUUUCGUAUGAGUAAUUUUUCUCAAAAGAAUUUUCCAUUUCCAUUUAAUAAUCCAUAUGGCAUGUUUGCACCAUAUAUGGAUAUAGGAGCAUUUUGUUUAACAUUAAUAACAGCAAUUAUUUUAGCUAUUGGUGUUAAAGAAUCAAGUCGAAUGAAUAAUUUUUGUACAACAAUAAAUUUAACAAGUGUAGCAAUUAUUGUUAUAAGUGGUCUUUUUAAAGUAAAUACAGAUAAUUGGCAUAUAUCAAUAGAACAAAUAAAACAAAAUCAAUCAAUAAUUCAAGCAGGAACUGGUGGAUUUUUACCUUAUUCAUUUUCAGGUGUGUUAUCUGGUGCAGCUACAUGUUUUUAUGCAUUUGUUGGAUUUGAUCUUAUUGCUACAACAGGUGAAGAAACAGAAAAUCCUCGAAAAGCAAUACCUAUUAGUAUAUGUCUUGUUCUAUUGAUUUGUUGUAUUGUUUAUUGUGCUGUUGCUGCUGUAUUAACAUUAAUUGUACCUUAUUAUUCAAUACGAGUUGAUGCAUCAUUACCUGAUGCAUUUGAACGUGUUGGUCUUUCAUAUGUUAAAAUUGCAAUUACACUUGGAGCUAUUACUGGUCUUACAUCGAGUAUAAUUGGAUCAUUAUUUCCAUUACCUCGUGUUUUAUAUUCAAUGUCAUCAGAUGGUCUUUUAUUUUCAAUAUUUGGUAUAAUAUCAAAUAAAUCUCGUACACCAAUUUAUUCAACACUUAUUGGUGGUUUUAUAUCAGCAUUAAUGGCAUUGAUAUUUGAUUUAUUAACAUUAGUUGAAAUGUUAAGUAUAGGAACAUUAAUUGCAUAUACACAAGUUGCAUUAGCUAUUUUAAUAUCACAUUAUGAAAUAAACGAUGAUGAUAGUAAUUAUAAUUUAAGUAAAAGUUUAUUUUCUAUAGUAAUUAUUAUAUUAUUAUUAUGCUUUAUAUCAAUUUAUUCAUUUGAAAAUCAUGAUUAUAUAAAUCCAAUAUCAAUAAUAAUAUUUACAUUUUUAUUAUGUAUUUUAAUUUUAUUAAUUCAAAGAAAAUUUUCUAAAAAACAACAAAAUAUAUCAGAUGAAUUAAAUAAUAUAUUUGUAACACCAUGUACACCAUGGUUACCAAUAUUUAGUAUAUUUUGUAAUCUCUAUUUAAUGUUAAAAUUAAGUUUGAUAACAUGGAUACGUUUUAUUUUAUGGAUGAUUAUUGGAUUUUUGAUUUAUUUUUUUUAUGGAAUUCAACAAGCUGGAAAACUUCUUGUGUCAAAUUCUAUUUUUAUUUGA